AGCCGCGGGGAGCGCGGGGGCGGCCCGGAGCGUGCCGGGGUCCCCGCGCCUCGCUCGCCGGCCGCGCUCCGAAGAUGGUGGCGGCGCCGUGCGCCCGGAGGCUGGCCCGGCGCUCGCACUCGGCGCUGCUCGCGGCGCUCACGGUGCUGCUGCUGCAGACGCUGGUCGUGUGGAAUUUCAGCAGCCUCGACUCCGGGGCCGGGGAGCGCCGCGGGGGCGCAGCGGUCGGCGGCGGGGAGCAGCCGCCCCCGGCCCCGCGCCGGGAGCGCCGGGACCUGCCCGCCGAGCCGGCUGCAGCCCGAGGAGGAGGAGGAGGCGGCGGCGGCGGCGGAGGAGGAGGACGGGGGCCCCAGGCGCGGGCGCGGGGAGGCGGCCCCGGAGAACCGCGGGGACAGCAGCCGGCCAGCCGGGGGGCGCUGCCCGCCCGGGCUCUGGAUCCACACCCAAGUCCGCUCAUCACCCUGGAGACUCAGGAUGGCUACUUUUCUCAUCGGCCGAAAGAGAAAGUGCGAACAGACAGCAACAACGAGAACUCUGUCCCCAAAGACUUUGAGAAUGUCGACAACAGCAACUUCGCACCCAGGACUCAAAAGCAGAAGCACCAGCCUGAGUUGGCGAAGAAGCCACCGAGUAGACAGAAGGACCUUUUGAAAAGGAAGCUGGAACAGCAGGAGAAAGGAAAAGGACAUACAUUCCCUGGGAAAGGCCCCGGUGAGGUGCUGCCUCCCGGGGACAGAGCUGCAGCCAACAGCAGCCACGGGAAGGAUGUGUCCAGACCGCCUCAUGCCAGGAAAACUGGGGGCAGCUCCCCCGAGACCAAGUAUGACCAGCCCCCUAAGUGUGACAUCUCAGGCAAGGAGGCCAUCUCUGCCCUGUCCCGUGCCAAGUCCAAGCACUGCCGCCAGGAGAUUGGGGAGACUUACUGCCGCCACAAGUUAGGGCUGCUGAUGCCUGAGAAGGUGACUCGGUUCUGCCCCCUCGAGGGUAAAGCCAACAAGAACGUGCAGUGGGACGAGGACUCCGUGGAGUACAUGCCAGCCAACCCGGUCAGAAUCGCCUUUGUCCUGGUGGUCCACGGCCGUGCCUCUCGGCAGUUGCAGCGCAUGUUCAAGGCCAUCUACCACAAAGACCACUUCUACUACAUCCACGUGGACAAGCGCUCUAAUUACCUGCAUCGGCAAGUGCUCCAGGUCUCCAGGCAGUACAGCAACGUCCGCGUCACCCCCUGGAGAAUGGCCACCAUCUGGGGAGGAGCCAGCCUCCUGUCCACCUACCUGCAGAGCAUGCGGGACCUCCUGGAGAUGACCGACUGGCCCUGGGACUUCUUCAUCAACCUGAGUGCGGCCGACUACCCCAUCAGGACAAAUGACCAGUUGGUGGCGUUUCUCUCCCGAUACCGAGAUAUGAAUUUCUUGAAGUCACACGGCCGGGACAAUGCAAGGUUCAUUCGGAAGCAGGGCCUGGAUCGGCUCUUCCUGGAGUGCGACGCUCACAUGUGGCGCCUGGGAGAUCGGCGGAUCCCAGAGGGCAUUGCUGUGGAUGGCGGUUCGGACUGGUUCCUGCUGAACCGGAGGUUUGUAGAAUAUGUGACCUUCUCCACAGACGAUCUGGUGACCAAGAUGAAACAGUUCUACUCCUACACCCUGCUUCCUGCUGAGUCCUUCUUCCAUACAGUCCUGGAGAACAGCCCCCACUGCGACACCAUGGUGGACAACAACCUGCGCAUCACCAACUGGAAUCGCAAGCUGGGCUGCAAGUGCCAGUACAAGCACAUCGUGGACUGGUGCGGCUGCUCCCCCAAUGACUUCAAGCCGCAGGACUUCCACCGCUUCCAGCAGACAGCCCGGCCUACCUUCUUUGCCCGCAAGUUUGAAGCCGUGGUGAAUCAGGAAAUCAUUGGGCAGCUGGACUAUUACCUGUACGGGAACUACCCUGCAGGUACCCCGGGCCUGCGCUCCUACUGGGAGAAUGUCUACGAUGAGCCUGACGGCAUCCACAGCCUGAGCGACGUGACACUCACCUUGUACCACUCCUUUGCCCGCCUGGGUCUUCGACGGGCCGAGACGUCCCUGCACACGGAUGGGGAGAACAGCUGCCGAUACUACCCAAUGGGCCACCCAGCAUCUGUGCACCUCUACUUCCUUGCUGACCGCUUCCAGGGCUUUCUGAUCAAGCAUCAUGCUACCAAUCUGGCUGUGAGCAAACUAGAGACUCUGGAGACCUGGGUGAUGCCGAAAAAAGUCUUCAAGAUCGCAAGCCCACCCAGUGACUUUGGGAGGCUUCAGUUUUCCGAGGUCGGCACUGACUGGGAUGCCAAGGAGAGGCUAUUCCGCAACUUUGGGGGUCUUCUGGGGCCCAUGGAUGAGCCGGUGGGUAUGCAGAAGUGGGGGAAGGGACCUAAUGUGACCGUGACCGUCAUUUGGGUGGAUCCCGUCAACGUCAUCGCAGCCACCUACGACAUCCUCAUUGAGUCCACUGCCGAAUUCACACACUACAAGCCCCCUUUGAACUUGCCCCUGAGGCCUGGGGUCUGGACAGUGAAAAUUCUCCACCACUGGGUGCCAGUUGCAGAGACCAAAUUCCUCGUUGCGCCUCUGACCUUCUCGAACAGGCAGCCCAUCAAACCUGAGGAGGCAUUGAAGCUGCACAAUGGGCCCCUCCGCAAUGCCUACAUGGAGCAGAGCUUCCAGAGCCUGAACCCCGUCCUCAGCCUGCCCAUCAGCCCCGCCCAGGUGGAACAGGCACGGAGGAACGCAGCCUCCACGGGCACAGCGCUGGAGGGAUGGCUGGACUCGUUGGUGGGCGGGAUGUGGACUGCCAUGGACAUCUGUGCCACGGGCCCCACAGCCUGCCCGGUCAUGCAGACCUGCAGCCAGACGGCCUGGAGCUCCUUCAGCCCUGACCCCAAGUCGGAGCUGGGGGCAGUCAAACCUGAUGGCCGGCUCAGGUAGCACUGGGCACAAGGAGUGGGCCACAGCAGGAUCUCAACGGGAAAGCAGCCAGAGGGGUUGUGGGGCCUGAACCCCGGCCUCCCACCCUGGGGGAGGCCCUCUGUGAAUGGGUCUCUCCUGGCCAUAGAAUGAUGGAAAGGGAAGGUCAGCAGGUCAAAGCAGGAUCAGCCAACAACCUGCCUUUGGCAAGCUGCGGGUGGGAUGGCUCAGUCCCUGCACUGUGACUGUCUCACCUCUUCUGGUUGAUCCUCAAGUCCUACAGGUUCCUUGUCUUCCCCUUCCAGUGACCCACCCCUGACCCCAGACGUGUGAUUUUCAGACUUUUAUUUCGAGCAGCAGAACUUCGUUUAUGGAGCACAGUCAUAAGUGGAGGUUCAGGGUGCUGACGAAAUCCAAGCUGCUCUGGUUGAAGCUGCCAAGUGCGAGGUUCCCUCCCAAAGCUCAGCCCUCUGGGCGGUCCCCUUGCCCAGGGUAUCUCCUACGGUACCUCUUCAGAACCCAAGGGCUCUGCAAAUGCCAGUUUGACAAGCACUGCCCAGACCAACCAUGGGUUCAAACUCCAGCCCCGCCCUUUGGUUCAUUUUUCUGCUCCUCUUGGCUGGGGGACUCUGGUGCCAGCCUUGAAAGUCAUGGUCGUGGGCCCUUUCCCAUGGAGGCUGCAGCCUUAGGAGAGCUCUGAGCCUCUCAGCAGCCCUCCUUGGGUUGAACUAUUCUCCUUAGUAACUAGGUAAGUGGGAAAGCCUUUUGAUGUGGCAUGGCCAAGGUCCAGCCACAAGUGCAACUGCCACCUGUCCAGGGGUCUGGGCCUCCUUCCCUCAAGGCUGCCACACAAAGUAGCAGAAAUAGGAUGAUGUUUGUGAGCACCAGACUCAAGACCAUGACCUUCUUUGAUCCUUGAAAAUGGGAACUUUGACAGCCAUGACCAUGAAACUCACAAGGCAACGCGAUGAAACUAAACUCACAAAGCAAUGCUUGGAGCAAAACUCCUGAGCUAGACAGCACAGCAGCACCCAUCCCCUGCCAGAGCCCUUCCGUUCUGAGGUCAGACACACAAAACCUUUGUCAAUUGCACACCGGUGCUGUUGGGAGUGACCAAACCACAUGAACCAGACUUUUCCCGUCCAGGAAAUAGCAUUUCAGAUUUGGUUUUUAAUUUCAUGCCCUUCGGCCACAGGCUCAAUGGGACAUGCAACAUAAAAAUGGGAAGGUUAUUUAAACAACAAAAAACAGUAUGAUUUAAGUGUUGAGUUACCAGAAACCCAAAAGGUUUCCUUGCCACGAGCCCCCUGGAGUGUCAUCCCUGUUCACCAGGAGAGCUCUUCGCAGGAGGCCUCCCUUGCUCCUGUAAUCCCACCUCCCCUGAAUGGUGGGAUUCCCUUGGAAAAAGGUCUCACCCCUGGUAGCCAUCUGCCCUUCCCGUGGAGAGCCAGUCCUGACACUUCUCUCCAGCGUGGGUUUGAAGGGGCUGCCCUUCGCUUUGUGUGACUUGUCCUAAUCCUAGCCAGAUGUGUUGCCCCAUCCCAAGCCUCGCAAGGCAGGGUGUCCUGUUGGCAAUGGAGGACGUAGAGAAGGGACACUUUAGAUAUUUAUUAUUUACAUAUUUUAGUCGAUGACUAAUUAGUAGGUGCUGUUUUUGCAGCUUGUCAAUUAUGUUACCUUACUAACUGAAGCUGCCUUUAUUCACAAAAGGCCCCUUUUCCCAUCUUUUCCCACCCCCUGGUGUCUCUCUCUCUCUCGGUUUUUCUUUCUCUGCGUCUACCCCCCAUCCUCCUCAUCCUCAGAGUAAAGCAGGGGCAUUGAACACCAUGCAAAGAAAGCUCCAACCCGCAUCUUCCACUGGCUUUGAGUGGGGUGCCUUGGGGACCGUUGGAGCCUUGUUUUUUCCUUAUGCAGAGUGUCAGCCUCACUCUCCCUCGGAUUCCAAGAGUAUUGGAAUUCCUGAGCCUCCCAUCCUCCCCCUACUCACCCCCCGUCACAGGCACAAGGAGGUGACAGGCAGAAAACGUGGAGGGUGAGUGGGGAAUGUGCUAGCUGCAGAGCGUUUGGGCCAUUCCUGCUUGCUCCGUGGUUGCCUUCCCAUGGCCCAUCUAAUUAUGGGCAUCCAUGCGACCUUAACAGAAGGAAACAGGCUCCUUUGAGAGAGAUCCAUCUUAGGAAGAGGGUCGUCAGAUCCAGGCAGCAGAGUCCGGGAGAUAGCCAUUCUCAACAGCGAUUCUAGGGAUCUCAGGGUACUUUUCUCAGAAAGCCCCUAUGAUCUCUUUUACAGACUCUAUGGUGGCCACGCGCUGGAUGCCACAUCCUCUUUCUGCCCCCGGCCUCUGCCUCUGGCCAGGGUUUCCCUGGGGCUGCCGAAGCCACUUCGGGAGCUUCCCUUUCACCCUCCUUGCUGGGCCACCAGUGCUUUGUGUUCGCAGCGUUAUUUGCAGUGGCUUUGGGGACUCAGCAGUGGCAAGUCCCUGUGCACAAUGUGAACCUGCAGACUUCAAGAUGGGGCCCCUCCUGCACCCACUAACAUGUCUGCCUUUUUUUGUUUUUAUCCUGGAACAAGUGGAGAAAUGGCAGAGCUGGCUGACUCUGGGGACCCUUCCCUUUUUCCCAUGGCUUCAUUUCUUCCUCACCACAACUAAUUCGGGGAGCUGAGAAGUCACACAGGGUAUUCCUCUCCCUCCUCUGAUGUUAUUAAUUAAUAGACCAGAGAAUAAGGUUGCAGAUAUUACAUUUGUUGUGUUUUUGUGUGUGUUUUUUAAGGAAAAUCCCAAACAAAGCCCAGCAUGAUUUGAGAAAAGAGGAUGUUUUCCCAGGGAAAAUAAUUUUUUUUAACCUGCCUGAGAAUGAUUUAUUUAUUUGUUGGAGGCCGUUGGUCAGACAGCCUGGAGCUUGGGCUGUGGAAGAUUUCAAAAGCAUAGGGCUGUGGUCUCUGGAAACCUAUUACAGCCUGCAGCUGUGAGCUGAGCCAGUGACGAGGUCCCUGGAAACUCAGGAAGGCUGAAAGGUGGGCCUUGGGGUAUUGGUUUGUGGAGAAGGAAGCAUUCUUUAGGCUGCGGCACUCCGUAUAGUUUCCCACCCACCGAGUGACAUUCAGGCAGAAAUUGAGCUCAGGAGACAGCCAGCCUUCCCACAUCCCACUUCACUUCCCGGUCCACGCGUAAAGCAGUGUGUCUCCAAGGAGGCAGUGAGCAAUUCCCAAGGUCCCCGUGUUGUGAGAAGCGCACUGCUUUCUCCCAGGGGAAAAAAAGGCUUUCCUGGUGAGAUCAUGAGUCCUUCUGGCUUCAUUUCUCAUUGUGGGUUUAACUUCUAAAAUGCAAAUGGAGUUUAGAGAGGAUGAGCAGAACCACAGGACCCGCCCGCAUCUCUCACUCACUGCAAUUGCUUCUACUCUGGGUACAAGUUGGGUGUCUGAAGACCAUGUUUCCCUCUGGUUCUCUAGUUUGCAGAUAACACAGAAGACACUGGCUAGAACCUUAAGCUUUCUGCCAAAAAGAUGCAGAGAGCAGGGCAGUAGUUACUGGCAGUGGGGUGUGAAUAAAGAGUCCUUUCACAACCAAGUUCACUGAGGAUUUGGAGCACCAGCUUCCCAGCAGUAUCGAGGGGUGGAGAGGUGUACAUUCAGGUGGAGGGGUACAUCUAGGGGUGGAGAGGUGUACAUUCUAGAAACAGCUGUUAACACACUCCACUUUAAAGACAGCAAGCUAGACCUGCAGGAUCAAAGCCACACACUGUGGUAGGGGUUACAAAUGUUUAUGGGGCCCAGGAUACUAGCAUAGAUGCGUGAAAUGGUUGGUGUGAGGCAAAAGGGCAUGGUGGGGGCAAGGAUGGGGACUGUGGUCUUACUGGCAUGCACAUGACCUACCCAGAAUGAGCAGCUGCUACUCAGCCCCAACCUGUCAUUGUUUGUAAAAAUGUAAGCACAGUGUAGUGGAAUCUUCCAAUUUGGAAGGGAAGCCGGAAAUCCAGAUUUAAUGGAAAAAAUCUGAUUUUUCAACGUCGGGUUUUUUGUUUGUUUGUUUUUGUUUUUUUUAACAGAUAGUGGGCAAAGAAAAAUUCCACUGUUCCACGUGUACACUGCCAGCAACCUCUGCUCUCUGGAGAGGUGGUUUAAAGUGAGAUUAUGCAUUGCCCUGGUAGAAGAGGAAAAAAGCCAGCAUCAGGUCAGGGCAAAAAUAACAGCUCAUGUUGAACUCUGAAUGGGGACCUCUUGCUAAGUCAUUCCACUCCUCAAGAGACCAUUCCACCAAGGGGGGAUGGAUCAUUCAGCUCUCCUGGUCCCAAGAUUGUGCUGAAGGGAAGAAGGAAUAGAAUCUGGAGAUCUGGACUGCUGCCCCUUAGAUAUGCAGAGGUCCACAUCUGCCUGGGGCUACAGCUUGUGGGACUCCAUCAAACCAGGCCGAAAUGGCAAAGACAGUCUAGGAGGAGGAGGAGGAGGAGGUAGGGUGUGAAACAGCCAGGCUCUCUCCAAAUCCCAAGUGUUGACACAGCCAUCUUGUCCCAUCCCUGGAAGCCUCUUUGGAAACCACAUAGAGCUGUGCUGGCUCACGGGAUGUCCUGUUUGCUUCUGCCUCAGUUACCUUACUUUGCCCAUGGGUCUACCACAGGCGCUACCUCAUUGUGUCUGCUGAGAAGUUUACCUGGGAGGGGGGAACAAAGUUGUCCAAAUCUGCUUGAGCUGAAUGUAUGAUCUAUGCAAAUUCUCUCUCUCCUCUCUCUCUUCCUCUCUGGCUCUCUUAGAAGUUUUCUUGUUUUGUUUUGUUUUGUGUUUACCUUGCAAACAAGAUACUGUAUAGGACCCUCUUAAGAUGGAGGAGGGCUUUCUUGCGCCACCUGUGUCUACCCCUCACGUUGUCUUUGGCUCUGGUCUUGCCAGGCUUAUGCAGGGAGAAAGUGGCCUCUCUUCCCUCUCCACUUGGCUGGGAAUAUUCCAACUGCCUCUGCCUACAGAUACCACCAGAAAGCGGGUUCUGCACCUUGUCAUCCCCCUCCCUAACGUCAUCUACUCCAUCCCUCAUGUUCCUCCAACUUGCUUCUCCCAUCCCUCCUUCAAAAACAAAACAAAACAAAAAAAAGCCUUAGGUUUCUCCUUUUUGAAAUGUGGCCUUAACAUUAUUUUUGGGAAGCUGAUCAUCCAUCCUUUCCCUCCCAUCUCCACCAACAUCAGAGAAGACAGCAUCGUGAAGCUUCUGUGGCAGCCUCCUAAGGAAGGGGCUGCCAAUCUGUAGUUUGCAGAUGCUAUAGAAAUUGCUUACAAAUGUCGUCUUUAAGAAAAAUGUUCUUAUAUUUUUCCUAUGGGCAAAAUGAAGGCUUGGGUGCUCACCUAAAGCUCAGCCAACUCCUGAAGCACUCUCUCAGAGCGUACUGCUGCUGUAAUGGGCUGGCUUAAUUAUCGGCAGAGUGCUUGAAAAGGCUUUGCAAACCUCCCCUGCCCCCAAGACUGGGUGACUUUAUAUGUACUUCAUUCAAGGGUAAAUCAGGAGACGUUCUCCAUGUAUCUCUUCGUCCUUCCUGCCUGGAAAGUGAUAGCACUAAAUAUUCCCAGCAGAUGGGUAGUGUUCUCAAAGGGAUCACCCUUUCCCUACCUUCAGACUCUAUUCUUUACCCUUCCAUUGCUCCAGUGCUGAUGGAGGCCAAAGACAACCCCAGGGUUUUCAUAGGAAAUUCACUGGAAUUGUGCGCAAUUGUCUUUGUAGUCCUUUUGCCUUUUUUUUUUUUUUUUAAUAUUAUGUUGUCAAUAGCAUUUGUUUGGGUAUUUGUUUUAGAGGCCUCACUCUAAGUUAUUACCGUCCCCUUCAUUGUUUUCAAAGACAUGUGGUGAUAUAGUUUUUAAAAAUAACUAUUUUGUUAUAGAUCAUAAUAUGCAUAAAACUGUACAGAAAUAUUUUGUAAUGUGUUGAUUUUAAAAAAAAGAAUCUGUAAAUAAAGUUUUAAAAAAAGAAUCCAAAUGGCACACGCUGAAAUAUGUAGAUAUUUUGCUAUUUAUUUAAAGGAGUAUUUUAAGAGAUAUUGAACUAUCUGAAAUUGACCAGUAAUCAAAGUUCCAAUCAUCUGAAUGCUUUUCCUUGAGGUAGAAUGUGAUUCUCAGAAAUGACUGCAUUACCUGCCCUUUUUUGCACCUUUUCUGUCUUUUUAUUUUGCAAAACAACAACAACAACAAAAUUGUGCCUUAGCUGUAUUUUUUUGUCUAGGGGAGUUUGUUUCUGUCUGACAAAGCAACAUUUUUUGCAGAAAACAGUGGAUGUAUUAAAUACUGUAUCAUACCAAAAACACUGCAGGUGUAUAUAGAUGCUUUCUGUCAUACUGUGUUUUCAGAUGCAGAAUUUUAAAAUUAAAAAAAUACUGCCUUUAUGGAA